AUGUCUGUUCCCCAUGAUCCCCUGAACUUUAUCCCCGCGGAUCUCUUUUUCCCCACCGUCCCUAGCUUCCUAAAACCCCGGGAUGUGGUGUCUGUUAAGUCGACAGACUCGAUCAAACCUGAUGACCUCAAGCGCUAUGGAGCUCAUAUAGUUCUUGCAGGUGUCAACGGAGGCUCUCAAACACACUGCUUGGUCCAAUUCGUCACUCCCUUGAUCUGGAGAAUUCGAUACGACCCCAAGUACACCAGCCUCGAAGACUUUGAGAACACCAACACACGUACAAUUGUCAGAGACACGUUCUCUGAACUGGUUGAUGGUCUUCAACAAGAAUACAGAGAUUCUGACGCCUGGAAUGCUUAUCCUGCGAAAGAUGAAUGGUAUUGGAGAACAUCUUUUGAGAAAAAGUCGGACACCCACUGGGUUCUAACUUCCAUCGAGUACGAGAACAAGGUUGCCAUUGCUACACCCAAGACUAGCCUACACAUCUUCUCGUCUCCGUUCCGCCUUGUGGCUACCAGAAAGCUCAGGCUUUUGCAGGAGUCAGACCCAAGUCUCUUACAAUCCGUUGGUGUUGACACGACUUCUGAAGUUGAACAGAUCAUCUGGCAAACCACCGAUCAGACGUUUUCUUACCAGCAGAACUCAGACAUUGAUGCCAUCAACAAUGUCGUCCUCAACAUUAAGAAACCUGGCCCUGCUGAGUAUCUUGGAUUUGGUGAGCAGGGUGGCAAGACUGUAUUGAAGAAGCCCACUUACCUCAACUACUUCUGCUAUGAUAACUUCAACUAUCUCAAGGUCUAUGGCAAGGGUGCACUGGACGGAAGAGAGCCACUCUACCAAUCUUCCCCAUUCUACUUGGAAAUGAAUGGAACCCCAACUCAUCAAAACGUUACUGGCGUUCUGGUAGAUAAUUACUCGCAGGUUGCUAUUGAUCUCGGCAAGAAUGAUUCAAACAUCAUCAGCAUCGCCACUCGGUUCAACACAUUUGAUGUAUACAUCAUGACAGCUGAUGACGUGCCAACUAUGAUCUGGCAAUACACCUCAAUUGUGGGAAGACCCAAGCUCAAGCCCCGAUACAUUCUUGGACACCACCAGGGUUGCUAUGGCUACGCCAAUGAGGGUACCGUUAACAAUGUCGUCGAUGCUUAUCGCGGGUCAAACAUCCCGCUCGAUGGAAUGCACCUCGACGUGGACUUUCAAGUAGUGACUGACAACCGAAACCUCAAUGGCCUGAACGACUAUCCGCCAACAUACUGGAGAUACGAUGGUCCCAACAACAAUGGGCCACUUGCGAAGGGUGUUAACCCGACUUGUUAUGGAAACGACGACUAUUAUCAACCUCAACGGCUGUCGUUCGCUGACUACCCCGGGGGCGAGGUAUAUGUGGAUAACUAUGACUUUCACGAGAACUACAACAGCGGAUACCCAUUCCAUGGAGGUGUGAGCUAUGGUCAAACACUGGGAACUCCUGGUUACUACCCUGACCUCAACAGAGCCGACGCCAGAAAGGUCUGGGGCGAGCAGUACCAAGACCUCUUUGACGAUGGUCUCGAGUUUGUAUGGCAAGACAUGACCACACCCGCAGUAGGAAGGUCCUACGGCGACAUGCUCGGCUUUCCGUCUCGACUCCAGAUGACCGACGACAGCCCCGUCGGUGAACCAAAGACCAAAACCGCCAUUGAACUCUGGUCCCUCUACUCAUACAACCUCCAUAAGGCAACAUUCCAUGGUUUGAACAAUCUUAAAGGCCGAGAUAACAAGCGCAACUUCAUCAUUGGCAGAGGUAGCCAAACUGGAAUGCAUCGAUUCGCCGGUCUAUGGACAGGUGACAACGGCAGCUCUUGGGACUUUUGGAAAAUCUCUGUUGCUCAGGUCCUUGCACUUGGCUACAGCGGAUUGACCAUUGCUGGUGUCGAUAUGGGUGGCUUCACUUCUGACCCAACUUCCAACGCCCCUUAUCCUCGUUGGUGUAAUCCCGAGUUGCUCAUUCGAUGGUACUCUGGUGCUUUCCUACUCCCAUGGUAUCGAAACCAUUACAUGCAGCAUUGGGACCAGGCUUCGAACCCGCCAGCGAAGGUUUUCCAGGAACCUUGGGCGUUUAACGACGUCUUGUCGGGUCCAUACGCUCACCUGAUUCCUCAGGAUCAACGCGUCUUGUAUGAGGCUGUUGUUCCUAUCUGUCGCUACUACGUCCAGCUUCGAUACUCGCUUAUCCAAGUCAUGUACGAUUACAUGUUCGCCAACUUGAUCAAUGGUCUACCCAUCGCUCGUGCAAUGCUCAUCACUGACCCUCUCGACACGAACCUGUUUAACAACAACGAGGAUUUUAUCGAUACUCAGUAUCUACUUGGCCACAACAUCCUCAUUUGCCCCGUCAUGGAUCCUCAAGUCUUCAACCGGGACAUUUACCUCCCCGGCACAGACCUAUGGUACCCUUCCAACCUUGAAGUUGACAACGGCAGGAAUCUGGGUCAUGAUCCUAUCCUCAAGCAUGCUGCUAAUUUGAAAGAGCCGGCACAGGGUGGCAGAAUCAUCAGCUACGGGUGCAGCAUCCCUGCUACUUUCGGCAAUCUUGACCAGAUUCCUUUCGUCACUCCGGUCUAUAUUCGCGGCGGUGCCAUCAUUCCCCAGAUUGGCGUUCGUAUGUCUAUUGACGAGAACAACCUCAACCCACCGACAAUUCACUUCUACCCCGGUGGCAAGAAGCCUUCACAUUACUCGAUGUACCUUGACGACGGCGUCAGCAAGGACAGCGCACCCAGCAACUUGCCCCAGUACAAGUACCAAGACCCUUCCAAGUCCAAGAAGGUCAAGGGCUAUUACAAGGAAUUGAAGAUGAGCCAGGCGACCACCGGCACCUCGCGCACCUUGACACUCCAUCAUCCAUGGGACGGAUUCGAUGCCACGGCAACAGUCGGCGAUACUUACCACCUUGCUGUUUGGACUGUCAAGACCGACAGUUCGCCUCAAGUCCAAGUUUCGUUCGAGGAUGAGAAUGGGAAGACUAUCAGCGAUCCUGGUCUGCAGUACAACUACAACAGCGACCGAGGUGUCUUGACUGUGAACGUUCCUGUGGCUCUUGUGCCGUCUCAUGACCACCCUGCCAGCAUCAAUGGUGCUUCGACUAAUGGCAUUACCAAUGGUGUCACGAACGGUACUUCAGUCCAGAAACCACUUAUCGCCGUGAAGAUUACUGGUCUUUCCUGA